AUGGUCAAUUUCACCAUCGAAGAGGUCCGCGCCUUGAUGGACAAGGCUACGAAUGUUCGUAACAUGUCCGUCAUUGCCCACGUCGACCACGGAAAGUCUACCCUCACCGACUCCCUCCUCUCGAAGGCCGGUAUUAUCUCCGCUGCAAAGGCCGGUGAUGCGCGCGCCACCGAUACUCGCCAGGAUGAACAGGAGCGCGGUAUCACCAUCAAGUCGACUGCCAUCUCCCUGUACGGAAAUCUGCAGGAUGACGAGGAUCUCAAGGACAUUGUUGGCCAGAAGACCGACGGCCGUGAUUUCUUGAUCAACCUGAUCGAUUCACCCGGCCACGUCGAUUUCUCUUCCGAGGUCACAGCUGCUCUCCGUGUCACCGAUGGUGCUCUCGUUGUUGUUGACACUAUUGAAGGUGUUUGUGUGCAAACGGAGACUGUUCUCCGACAGGCUCUCGGUGAGCGUAUCAAGCCCGUUGUUAUCAUUAACAAGGUUGAUCGUGCUCUUCUCGAGCUGCAAGUCUCACAGGAGGAUCUGUACCAAUCUUUCUCAAGAACCAUCGAGUCUGUUAACGUCGUGAUAUCCACCUACUUCGACAAGACCCUCGGUGAUGUCCAAGUUUACCCGUACAAGGGAACUGUUGCCUUCGGCUCUGGUCUCCACGGCUGGGCUUUCACAGUCAGACAAUUCGCUCAGAGAUAUGCCAAGAAGUUUGGUGUUGACAGAAAUAAGAUGAUGGAGCGUCUCUGGGGUGACAACUACUUCAACCCACACACCAAGAAGUGGACCAAUAAGGCAAACCAUGAGGGCAAGCCCUUGGAUCGCGCUUUCAAUCAGUUCAUUCUCGACCCAAUUUUCAGAAUUUUUGCCGCUGUCAUGAACUUCAAGAAGGACGAGAUCCCAACGCUUCUUGAGAAGCUCAACAUCAAGCUUACUCCCGAAGACAGGGAGAAGGAGGGCAAGCAACUCCUCAAAGUUGUCAUGCGAACUUUCCUUCCCGCCGCUGACGCUCUCAUGGAGAUGAUGAUUCUUCACUUGCCAUCCCCGGUCACCGCCCAGAAAUACCGUGCCGAGACUCUUUACGAAGGUCCCCCUGAUGAUGAGGCUUGCAUCGGUAUCCGUGACUGUGACCCCAAGGCUCCCCUCAUGCUUUACGUCUCAAAGAUGGUCCCAACCUCCGACAAGGGUCGAUUCUACGCUUUCGGUCGUGUCUUCGCCGGUACUGUGCGAUCUGGCCUGAAAGUCCGCAUCCAAGGCCCCAACUACACUCCUGGCAAGAAAGAUGAUCUCUUCAUUAAGGCCAUCCAGCGUACCGUUCUUAUGAUGGGAGGCAAGGUUGAUCCUAUUGAUGAUGUCCCGGCCGGUAACAUUCUUGGUCUGGUGGGUAUCGAUCAGUUCUUGUUGAAGUCUGGUACUCUCACCACCAGUGACACUGCCCACAACUUGAAGGUUAUGAAAUUCUCCGUCUCCCCUGUCGUCCAACGCUCCGUUGAAGUCAAGAACGCCCAGGAUCUUCCCAAGCUUGUUGAAGGGCUGAAACGUCUCUCGAAAUCCGAUCCUUGUGUUGUGUGCUCCAUCAACGAGUCCGGCGAGCACGUUGUUGCUGGUGCCGGUGAGCUGCACUUGGAGAUUUGCCUGAAGGAUCUCGAGGAAGACCACGCAGGUGUCCCACUCCGCAUCUCCGACCCUGUCGUUCCCUUCCGUGAGACCGUCACUGGCAAGUCCAGCAUGACCGCAUUGUCAAAGUCGCCCAACAAGCACAACCGUCUUUACAUGAUUGCUGAGCCUCUUGACGAGGAGGUAUCAAAGGAGAUCGAAGCCGGCAGAAUCAGCCCCCGUGACGAUUUCAAGGCUCGUGCUCGUAUCUUGGCUGACGACUUCGGCUGGGAUGUCACUGAUGCCCGUAAGAUUUGGUGCUUCGGUCCUGAUACCAACGGUGCCAACUUGUUGGUUGACCAGACCAAGGCCGUUCAAUACUUGAACGAAAUCAAGGAUUCAGUUGUUUCUGGUUUCCAAUGGGCUUCAAGAGAAGGACCUAUUGCCGAAGAGCCAAUGAGAUCGUGCCGAUUCAACAUCAUGGAUGUUACCCUGCACGCCGAUGCCAUCCAUCGUGGUGGUGGACAACUUAUCCCAACUGCUCGGCGCGUUCUCUACGCUGCUGCUCUCCUUGCUGAGCCUGCUCUUCUUGAGCCAGUGUUCUUGAUUGAGAUUCAAGUUCCCGAGAGCGCUAUGGGUGGUGUUUACGGUGUUCUUACCCGACGACGUGGUCACGUUUUCAACGAGCAGCAACGUCCAGGAACACCUCUGUUCACCAUCAAGGCCUAUCUCCCCGUCAUGGAGUCAUUUGGAUUCAAUGCUGAUCUCCGCUCGCAUACUUCUGGCCAAGCCUUCCCUCAAUCCAUUUUCGAUCAUUGGCAAAUUCUCCCCGGUGGGUCGCCCCUCGAUGCUACCUCGAAGGUUGGACAGGCCGUACAAGCUAUGCGAAAGCGCAAGGGUAUCAAGGUUGAGGUUCCGGGUGUCGAGAAUUACUAUGACAAGCUAUAG